UUUGUUCUGGACAGAGGCUUGGGACACCUUUUGUCACGCAUCUGAGAGCUAUUAAUAGGAGUGUUUGAGCCAGAAAAAACACAACAUACACCUUGUCAUUAUUUCGAAAAGCUUUUUUCUGGGGGAAGUUCGGUUGGCACAGGAAAGCCAGAUCUUAAUGCUCUUGGCUUUGGUUGUGGACUGCUCGCAGAGAGCAGUGGGUGGCCGCCCUACUUGAUGAGAAGUCGCAGCUCGAAGUGCUUAUAAGAACAAAGCCCACCCAUCUUCGUGUCUUCAGACCGCAGGUCUGCUUCCCCGGCCAGUGUCGGCAGGAGCGGGAGCUCAUCCCCACCACCUCCUGCCCCGGCAGCUCACCCGCGCCGCUGGGUGCCCCUCAGCGGGAAGGCGGGAGGCUCGACCGCGGGCGCCUCUGCUGGGGGCGGCCGGUGCUGCCGCUCCCUGUGCGGCGCCUCCUCAGCCCGGCAGCGCGGCGGGCGGGCAGAGGGACGGGAGCUCGCCGCCGCCGCCGCUUCGGAGCUGUGGCAGCGCAGCCGGACCCCACGGCCCGCCUUGAGGGCGGCGGUGGGGAGCGCCUCCGCUACCGGCCAUGGAGCUCUCUCUGCGGCUGCUCCUGGCAUCCUGCCUCUCCCUGGGGGUGGCUGGCGAGUUUGACAGGAGGUGGCCCAGGCAAAUAGUCUCCUCCACAGGACUGUGUCAGUUUGGGAGUAGAAUUGACUGCUGCUGGGGCUGGGCCCGGUUGUCCUGGGGACAAUGCCAACCUAUAUGCCAGCCAGGAUGCAAACAUGGUGAUUGUGUUGGGCCAAACAAGUGUAAGUGCCACCCGGGAUACACUGGAAAAACCUGCAACCAAGAUGAGCAGCUGUAUACAAGUCCACCUGGUCACAGCAGUGAGGCACGUCUGUUCCACCCCCUGGAUCACGAUGCAAGAAAUAUAGGAUCAAGGGAUCUAAAUGAGUGUGGACUAAAGCCACGGCCGUGCAAACACCGGUGUAUGAAUACCUACGGCAGCUACAAGUGCUACUGUCUGAACGGCUACAUGCUUAUGCCAGAUGGAACGUGCUCGAAUGCCCUUUCUUGCUUGAUGGCAAACUGUCAGUAUGGCUGUGAUGUGCUGAAAGGGGAAGUGCGCUGCCGCUGUCCAUCUCCAGGACUACAGCUAGGGCCUGAUGGCAGGACUUGCAUAGAUAUUGAUGAAUGUGCUACUGGGAGAGUCAUCUGUCCACAAUUUAGGCACUGUGUCAAUACUUUUGGAAGCUACAUUUGCAGGUGUUAUAAAGGCUUUGAUCUAAUGUACAUCGGAGGCAAAUACCAAUGCCAUGAUAUAGAUGAAUGUUCCCUUGGCCUCCAUCAGUGUGGUAGUUUUUCACGAUGUUACAAUAUCCCAGGAUCCUACAAAUGCAAGUGUAAAGAAGGGUACAGAGACAACGGAACAAGCUGCAUACUUAUUCCUAAUGUUAUGAUUGAACCACUUGAUCCAUAUCAUAUAAUCAAGGGCAACAGCACGCUCCCUAAGGGAGACAGUGGUAUAACCAAUAGGAUUCCUGAUGUUGGAGGCACAAGGCAACCCCUCAGACCACCAUAUGUACCUGCUGUUGUUACAGAAAGACCGGUGAUUAGACCGACUCGACCUACACCCCGGCCAACGACUCGACCUACACCCCGGCCAACGACUCGACCUACACCCCGGCCAACGACUCGACCUACACCCAGGCCAACGACUCGACCUACGCCCAGGCCAACGACUCGACCUACACCCAGGCCAACGACUCGACCUACACCCCGGCCAAUGACUCGACCUACACCCAGGCCAACGACUCAGCUGACAGCAAGGCCAACCACUAGGUAUGUGCCGGUGACAACAAGGCCAGUGACAAGGCCUCCACCUCCAACAGCACCUCAACCUCCAACAUCAAGACCUACACUACCAGCACAAACAACUCCCUUGAUAACAGCUGAAGAGCCUUCACAUAUUCCCAUUGAAACUACAUCUUCCCAAGGAAUUACAGAUGAUAACAGGAUCCAGGUAGAUCCCCAGAAACCCCGAGGAGAUGUGUUCAUUCCACGCCAGCCUGGAGUGAGCAAUAAUCUGUUUGAAAUACUUGAAAUUGAAAGAGGUAUUACUGCCGAUGAAUUUGAAGCAAACGAUGACCCAGGUGUGCUGAUACACAGCUGUAAUUUUGACAGCGGACUGUGUGGAUGGAUCAGGGAUAAAGAGGAUGAUUUGCACUGGGAGCCAGUGAGAGAUGCGUCAGGGGGGCAGUACCUUACCAUCUCUGACCCCAAAGGCAAAGAAGGAAGAGUAGCGCGUCUUAUCCUGCCAUUGGGACACAUGGCUCAGACCAGCGACUUGUGCCUGUCGUUCCGGCAUAAAGUGUCUGGGCUGCAUUCUGGCACCCUCCAAGUCUUUGUAAGGAAAAACGGUGCUCACGGACCAGCUGUCUGGGGAAGGAAUGGUGGCCAUGGCUGGAGACAGACACACAUAACUUUACGAGGACAAGGCAUCAAGAGCGUUAUCUUCAAAGGGGAGAAAGGGGGAGGAAGAAUUGGGGAUAUUGGACUAGAUGAUGUGGUCUUGAGGAGAGGACGCUGCUCUGAAGAUCAUUAGCAAAGACAAUGGACCAGUAGUCGUUCUCCUCUAGCCCUUCUUGUGCUAUUCCUACCAGGCUUUGAAACAGAACUGCAUGAAAGAGAAGAAAAAGUUGAAGAGUUGACAAUUUCACAGUGGUCUGCUAAGUGCAGUCUCACUGAAAAACAUGGAGAAGCAUCUCCCAGGAUUCAGGAACUCCAUUCCCAUCUGGUUGUUUCUAUUAAUCCUUACCCCUAAAUCAUAUUUUAUAUGUAAUAACUUUAUCACCUGUUAA